AUACUGUGCUCCUAAAAGUGGUCGCUGCGGUGGUCACGAUGGGGAAGUCAGAUUUUCUUACUCCCAAAGCCAUCGCCAACCGGAUCAAAUCCAAAGGACUUCAGAAGCUGCGUUGGUAUUGCCAGAUGUGCCAGAAGCAGUGCCGGGACGAGAAUGGCUUCAAGUGUCAUUGUAUGUCUGAAUCUCAUCAGAGACAGCUAUUACUUGCUUCCGAAAAUCCUCAGCAGUUUAUGGAUUAUUUUUCAGAGGAAUUCCGAAAUGACUUUCUAGAACUUCUCAGAAGACGCUUUGGCACUAAGAGAGUCCACAACAACAUUGUCUACAAUGAAUACAUCAGCCACCGAGAGCACAUCCAUAUGAACGCCACUCAGUGGGAAACACUGACUGAUUUUACCAAGUGGCUGGGCAGAGAAGGCUUGUGCAAAGUGGAUGAGACACCAAAAGGCUGGUAUAUUCAGUAUAUAGAUAGAGACCCCGAAACUAUCCGCCGCCAACUGGAACUAGAGAAAAAGAAGAAGCAAGACCUCGAUGAUGAGGAAAAAACUGCCAAAUUUAUUGAAGAACAAGUGAGAAGAGGUCUAGAAGGAAAAGAACAGGAGGUCCCUGUUUUUACAGAAUUAAGCAGAGAAAAUGAUGAAGAGAAAGUCACAUUUAACCUGAAUAAAGGAGCAUGUAGCUCAGCAGGAGCAACGUCUUCCAAAUCAGGUUCUUUAGGACCAAGUGCACUCAAGACACUAGGGAGUACAGCUUCAGUGAAACGAAAAGAAUCUUCCCAGAGCUCAGCUCAAUCUAAAGAAAAGAAGAAGAAGAAAUCUGCACUUGAUGAAAUCAUGGAGAUUGAAGAGGAAAAGAAAAGAACAGCCCGAACAGAUUACUGGCUACAGCCUGAAAUCAUUGUGAAAAUUAUAACCAAAAAACUUGGAGAGAAGUAUCACAAGAAAAAGGGUAUCGUUAAGGAAGUAAUUGACAAAUAUACAGCUGUUGUAAAGAUGAUUGAUUCUGGAGACAAGCUGAAACUUGACCAGACUCAUUUAGAGACAGUAAUUCCAGCACCAGGGAAAAGAAUUCUGGUUUUAAAUGGAGGGUACAAAGGAAAUGAAGGUACCCUAGAAUCCAUCAACGAGAAAACGUUCUCAGCUACAAUAGUCAUUGAAACUGGCCCUUUAAAAGGACGCAGAGUUGAAGGAAUUCAAUAUGAAGACAUUUCUAAACUUGCCUGAGUUUGAAAAUUUGUUAACAAUACAUUAAAAUUCUAAAGCAUCAAAUUGGUGUUUGCCAAGGCAUUAUGAGACUCUACUGUGUUAGGGUAUUUCUUUUAUAUAAAACAAAUGGAUUUAUUUAAAUAUUACUGUAUAGUUGUUUAGUGAAACUUAUAGAAAAAUCUAAUUAUGUGUACUGAAGUAUCAAGACUAUGUAAUUUUUCCUUGUUUUUUUCUUUUAUUUGUAAUAUAUCCUUGAUUUUUUAUUUUCAUUAAAGAAUGUUAUUGGAGAGUGUUUUAUAUUGGACAAUUUAGAAUCAUAUAAUCAGAGAAAAUCUUUCAUGUACUCUAAAUUUAUAUUUUCCAUAGUAGAAUAGUAAAAUUGAACUCUAAGUAUAAAUUUUAAAAAGCCAAGCUACAAACAUAAUAGUAGCUUUAUUGUGAUAUAAUUUAUACAGUGUACAAUUUACACAUUUAAAAUAUACAGUUCAGUGGUUUCCUAUAUUUACAGAGUUGUGCAACCAUUUCCAUAUCUAAUUUUUUUAGGAUAUUUUUAUCAUCCUGGAAAGAAAGCCUGUACACAAUCUUUAUUCCUCCCAGUCACUCCCCAGUUUCUGGCAACCAUUAAUCUACUUUCUGUCUUUAUGGAUUUGCCUUGUCUAGACAUUUUAAAUAAAUGGAGUAACCUAA